GUGUCAGCGCCGUUUCCACCGGCACCCGGUCCGAAAUGGCGGAUCUCCACCGCCAACUGCAGGACUACCUGAUGCAGGGUAAAGCGAACAGGCCGGCAGCCGCCGAGCCGCUGCUCGCCGCGGGGACGGCCGAAGAGCCUGAGGCCGGGGACAGAGCCGCCGCGGCGUGGCUAGGCCGCACGGCUCUGCGAUGGCCGUGGAGCUCCGCCGAGCCGCCGCCCGCAGGCUCGCAGUGCAUGCCCAACGUGACGCGCGGGCAGCGCCUGGCGGCGGGGAGCCUGGGCCUGCUGCUGGCCGCGCUCUGCUUCGGCCUGGCGGCGCUCUACGCGCCGGUGCUGCUGCUGCGCGCGCGCAAAUUCGCGCUGCUCUGGUCGCUGGGCUCGGUGCUGGCGCUGGCGAGCGCGGCGCUGCUGCGGGGCGGCCCGGCCUGCGGGCGCCUGCUGCGGGGCGAGGAGACGCCGUCGCGAACCGCGCUGGCCUACGCCGCCGCCUUGGGCGCCACGCUCUACGCCGCGCUGGUCUUGCGCAGUACGGUGCUGACGGCGCUCGGCGCGUGCGCGCAGGUAGCCGCGCUGCUCUACGCGCUGCUGGGGCUCCUGCCCUGGGGCGGCGUGACGGCGCUGCGCCUAGCACUUGGUCGCCUGAAUCGGGGGGCGAGCCUCACCAACGUUCUCCCGGUGUGACAGUCCGGCUCAGGAACCAGCCAGGCAUCGCCACAAUCAACGGCACCCUAGCGUGCGAGGACAAGGCACCCACUGGACUGUGCUCCGGAGUCCGUGAGCCUGGAGCAGCUGCCACCGACUGACGGGCUGGCCGUCUCAGAAGAUCCUCGGCUUCAGCGUUCUGAGGUUCUGUGUGGGCAACAUGGGCGCCGAACGACACAGUUCACUAUCCAUGAACUGCUUUUGAACUGGCUUUACAUGGACGUCAGUUAUGGGGACGGCUGACUUGCCUGCUUCCGUGGCUUUGGAAGAACUGCCCCUCCCUUUUGUCAUUUAAAAAGAAUACAGUGGUAUAUGCAAUUGAGCAUAGAGGUUCGGUUUUUGUCGCCACUUUUUGAAGCCUCCGUAUUCCUAUUCACUGUAAAUCAACCCAGAUAAUCUGAUUAAACACUAAAUUUAGCCACUGGAUUUAAAAUAGUGAUUAGUUAAUACAUUAUACCUCAAUUUUUUCUUCAGUUAAGAGUAAAUAUGGUGCUUUAUAAUAUUUAAGGAAAAUUAAUCGUAAAAGUAAUACACCAAAGAGCAACUUUCUUACUCAAGAAGCCAGAUAUCCAGGAUGAUGCAUGGUUAAGCUUGCAGGUUUCCGCAGAACUGGGCUUAAGGGUCCUGGGAGACAAGGAAAAGCUUACAUCUGCAGUUGUGUUUGCUGUAAGCGAGAGGUUUUGCCAAUCGUUCACUAUUCCUAACAUUAUUGCUGCUUUUUCAAGUACUACACAAUUUGAUUCUGAUACAAUGUAAAGUGCUGUUUAUUCAUAAUUGUUUUUGUUGUGCUGCAGCCAAACACCAUUUAAAUCUAUCAUCAUUUAUUGCCAAAAACUGGAUUCAGUAUUGAGUCUUGGUACACUAAAAAGUAAAGUGUAUUUAGAAGCUCAUAAUUGUAUCAAUGGUUCUCACAUCAAAGGAAGCCACAUUUCGUCAGUUCAUUAAUAUUACUGGGGAUGGGUCCAGACAUUAAUUAAUAUAUAUGUCCAGAUGCUUCAUGUUUGGCUAAAUUGAGAACCACAUCUGCGCACUGGCUGGUACAAUGUCAAAGUAAUUGUUUUCCAGGCUGCCCCAAUGUUGCCCUAACAGGAAAGGCAUAGCAGGGCAGGCAGUAGCAAAGUGAUUCCAUCCUGGCUCAUAUCCCAUUCUCUCUAGUGCUCCCCAGGCAGACAAGCACUCUCUUAAGAAAGGAAAUGCUGUUUUCAGUAGUGAUGUACACAGUUUUUAUGUUACUAUAUUCAAAGUAUUAAAAUCAUCUCAAAAAUUCAUUACAUGAAAUAAGUUUUAUAAAGCUCAAAGCACAACAUCUUAUAUUUUGACAGGAGUAUUUAAAAUGCUGUAUGUAAAUGUUUAUGUAUAAUAUAGAAGGAGGGCUCUGUUUAUAAAUGAAUCCAUCCUCACAGUGUGA